AUGAAGAACCGGGAGAACGAUGUUCUUCCGUACGACAUGAUCGAAAUUAUUCUCCUUCAACUGCCCGUAAAAUCUCUCCUGAGGUUUAAGAGCGUCUCCAAAUCAUGGGAGGCCACAAUCUCCGACCGCAAAUUCGCUGCAAAUCAUCUCCGACAAUCAAAGAAGAAGAAUGACUCGUUCGACGACGGCCAAGAUGAUCUACUUUUGUGGGUCGGAAAAAGUAGCAUGGAUUUCCUCGUUUUUAAUCUCGAUCCGUCUAAGAAUUGUCGGUGGGAGAUGAAAUCUUUGAGUGUGUUGUGCUAUUGCGACGGUUUAGUACUAUUGCACCGGCAUCUUCCGUACGAUGGGUCCAUUUACAGGCUGUGGAAUCCGUCGAGCAAAUCUGAGGUAAAUAUCUCAUGCGACCCUCGAAUUCAUAGGGGCGGUGGUCAUGAUUAUGCUGACGUGGCUCAGGGGCUUUACUACGAUCAAUCGGUUGAGGAUUACAAGAUUGUAGUUACCGACAUGAAAAAUCGAUACUCGAUUUAUCGGAUGAGGAAAAAAUUGUGGUCCGACGAGAUGAAAGAGAUGGAGAUCGAUAUUCCGGGCGAAGUGGUAUGGUGCGAUAAGGGGUCAUCUUUCGAAGGUGAUACGUAUUGGGUUGUGAGAACUCGCGCGUCGGGAAAAGAAGAGAGUUUUUUGGUUUGUUUUGAUUCUAAACGAGAAAAGUUCGAAAAGUGGGGUAUGCCGAUUGGUGAUAACGACGAUUGCAAGUUUUAUCUGACUUAUUUGGGAAGUCGUUUGUGUUUGGCCUAUUCCAAGACUAAGAUGAACCAAUUAUGGUUUGUGAAACGAGUCGCUGGCGGCGGCAGUGGUAGUGGUGGUUCGUGGGUAGAGUUUGAGGAGGCUAUGCCAUUAUCAAGGAAUUAUAUCAAGCCUCUACGUUUGACAAACGAUAAGGAGAUAGCACGUGAAGAUGGUUGGAGGAAAUCGUAUACAAUGUACAAGUACAAUGUCGUUACGAAGACUUGUGCGGAAAUUCAUGUGACGACGACUCCAAAUGGUGGCUAUCCUCAGUCACCCUUGUAUCUUGAAAAUAUGUUUUUCAGCAGCACGAAGAGCAACGACGACGUGGAAGAAUCUACAAAUUAA